CCAUGACACGAGGUAGUAAAUUUUGCUACACUUUGCAGUCAUAUGUGCUCUCAGGGCUUUUUUUAGUCACGUGGUCAAUAGAGACAUGGGAGAAAUUGUCAACAACUUUGGAGGCUUGUGCAGAGAGCUCACCAGUGACAGGCAGCUCUGCUGGAUUGGACCGGAGAAAGGUGCUGUGCACUUGGCCAUAGCUGCGGUCCUGAAUGCUCUGUGGGACAAGUGAAAGGGAAAGUUUAUGUGGAAAUUACUAGUUGACAUGGAUGCCAAACAAUUGCUAUUCUGCAUGGAUUUCAGAUAUAUUACUGAUGUUCUAACAGAUGAAGAAGCUUAUGGUAAGUCAUCUUUCCUUCAAAGCUGGACUUUGGUACCCUCCAUCUUCCUAAUCUUUGAGUUUUCUCAUCAUAGAAUGAAGCUUGCUCACAAGGGAAGAGAAGUAAUAAGAAGGUUCUUUCUGUUCAGAGUAAAGGUGGGUGCAGAUCUGCAGGAUGAUAUUUGCAGAUGCAGAUUUGUAGGAGAAAUGAUUGGCCCAGACAAAAUAAUGAUGCUGGAUGCAAACAAACAAUGGGAAAUAAAGGAAGCAAUAGAGUGGGUCACUAAACCAUCUGAGUUGAAACCCUUGUGGAUUAAGGAGCCAACUUUUCCAGAUGAGGAUAUGCCUUUCCAGACAGGACAUGCAACCAUUUCAAAGGCCUUAGCACUGCUAGAAAUUGGUGUGGCAACCAGAGAACGCUGCCACAGCAGAGUGAUAUUUAAACAGCUUCUACAAGCUAACGCAUUGAGUUAUUUCCAAAUUGACAGCUGGAGGCUGGGAAGUGUGAAUGAAAACUUGUCUGUGCUGCUGAUGGCCAAAAAAUUCCAGAGUAAGGCUCUGCAAAAUGCAUAUGGACUUGGGGGUCUCUCUGAAUUAGUCCAGCACUUGAUAAUAUUUAAUUAUAUCCUAGUAUCUGAAAGCCUUGAAAGCAGGUUAGUUAUACAAAAUACUCCAGUAGCAAUUGACUAUGGUGAUAGUUCUUUUUUUUUUUUUUUUUCUUAAAAAAGGUGUUGCUACACAGUGGUUACAGCAUGCAUUUGUCUUGUUACCCUACAAGCCCACCUACCUGUGGGCUACAAAAGGAAGUUAGAAGUGUGGAUUAAACUUCAAGCAGGUGAAAGUGAACAGUUUGUGGUAUUGAUAAAAGUACUUGAAACCUGGGCUGUAUUCCACAUUCAGACACUUCACAGAUGCCAGUCACUAUGGUGGCAAACUCACGAAGUCAGACUAAUUAACAGACUAUUGAUUUUGAUGGCUGAUCAGGUAGGUGUUUGCCUCAAAAUUCAGAAACAGUUCCUUCUUUUCUGACCCCUCAUCUAACAUGACCAGAUAGAUAACUAAUAUUCUUUCUGGUAUUGCAGUAAGGCCAAUUUUGCAGUGUAUCACAACAUGUCAGAAAUAAUGUGGGUUACAAAAGCUUGACUAAGAAAGUAGAACAUAGAGGGAGUUGGUAUUUGAGCAAAGUGGUAAGAAAUUUCUUUGCUAUCUCCAAGUUGAUUAAAUUGCUCUUGGAAAGUGGGGAAAUUAUAAAAGGAUGCAUUUGGAGGGGGAAUGACAGGAGAGAGGAAACUCUUCAAGGCCAAAUUUUGAGGCAGAAUAAGUGUAGCAGUCAGCAGGGCAAAUGGCAAGGACUCAGAAAUGCUAUGGAUAUGCAGAGCUGCUAAGGACUGACUUCCAAUGCCACCUGUACAGCUCUUUAAGUCAUCAGCUGGGGAGUGCAAGGGACAGGGAGCUGCUGGGACAGCUUAUUCAUCAGGAAGUAAGUCCAAGAACACCCCCUUCACUCAGUAAGCCUAUGGGCUCCUUUCGUAGCUUCCCAAAAGGAUCUAACAAUGUCCCGUGUUUUGUCUAAAAUACUGCUCUGAAUACAGCCUGCAGUCAUACUAGUCAUCAUUGCGGCAGUGAACAGUGUC